AUGCUCCAUCGUUAUUAUUCAUUAUUUGAUGAUUCAUGUUUACAAGGUAUUACCUGUAAACCACAGAGUGCUAAUAACACGGGUUCUCAUUCUUCUGUUGCUGAGCAUCCACGUCGCGUUUCUCAUCCUAAUCGGCACGUUAUUAAUACGGAAGUUCAAAAAAUGUUGAAUAAUAGAAUUAUUGAACCUUCAAAUUCACCUUGGGCUGCUCCAGUUGGGGUUCCACUUAUAUGGACAGAAGCUGAACAAUUAUCAUUUGAUCAAUUAAAAUAUGCUCUUACAUCUCCGAUGGUCCUUAUUUUACCUGAUCCUUCUCGUCAAUAUGUUAUUCGUACAGAUACAUCAUGUGUUGGUGUCGGUACUGCACUAUUACAAAAUUUAAAAAAGGCCGAAAAGAAUUAUUCUGCAAUUGAACUUGAAGCAUUAGCUAAUUGGUGGCGCGUCACUCAAAAGUUUCGAUCAUAUAUUGAACGUCAACAAUUUCUUCUGGAAACUGAUCAUAAACCGUUACUAUCCUUAAUGAAAAAACCUUAUCAUAAUGCUCGUAUUGAACGACAACACUACUGCUAUGCACUCUCUCGUUAUCCAGUAGAUCAUCCUAAUCUGAUUGAUGAUGAUACAGCUCUUCUUCACAUUUCUUCAACUCAAACUGACGAUCUUUUUAUUAGUAUGGUUACUACUCGUUCAAUGACACGACAACAUCCACCUUUAGUUCCUUCAGCAACAAUUUCAUCAUCGUCUACACCACCUCGAACACCAAUAUCAUCUUCUACAUCUCCAACUAAUUCACCUACUAUAUCUUCAUCUUUAUCACUUAAUGAUAUUAAGUUUUUAUUUGAUCAUGAUAUUUUACAUCAACAUCAACAUCAACAUCAAGAUCCUGUUAUUCAAAACAUAAAAAAUAUUUCUCCAUUAAAUUCUAAAUAUAAACUUGAUGACCAUGAUAUCCUUUAUAAAAUUGUCACUCGACCAACUGGUCAUGUUCUUGAAAUACCUUAUGUUCCUGCUUCAUUAAUUUCUCAAGUGUUAUUAACAUAUCAUAACUCAACAUUCAAUGGUGGUCACUUUGGUAUAAAACGUACUUUUUAUAAAAUACGUGAUCGUUUUUUCUGGCCGAACAUGUACAAGGGUAUAGUACGACAUAUCUCAUCAUGUAUCAAUUGUCGAAAGAAUAAACCUUCUCGUCGAAAACUGGAUGGUCAUUUACAUGCAAUUGAACCACCUCGUGGCAUUUGGGAACGUCUGGCAAUGGAUUAUGUUGGUCCGGUACCUCAAUCAAAAUCUGGUAAUAAAUAUUUUCUUGUACUAACUGAUCUCUUUUCGAAGUUUGUCAUCACCAAAGCAGUUGGUGAUAAUACUACCACAACAGCAGCUAAAUUUUUAUUAUAUGAUGUAUUUAUGAUCUAUGGUGUUCCAUUGGAAAUUAUUACUAACAAUGGUCAACAUUUCUGUUCUUCUUUAUAUGAAUCACUACUCAAAUUAACUCAAUGUUGUCAUGUUAAAACCACACCUUACAAUCCCCAAGCUAAUGGUCAAUGUGAACGACAUAAUGCAACUCUUGUACCGAAUUUAGUUGCACUUUCUAAUCAAUCGCGAUCUAAUUGGGAUGAUAAAUUACUAGCUACAACUUUUAAUUAUAAUGCUACUCGACAUGAUUCUACCGGUUAUACUCCUUUUGAAUUAAUGUUUACUCGUCCACCUCGUUUCAUAGCUGAUUUAUCCUCAUCAACUUCAUUUAGUUCUCAUAAUGUUUCUAAUUUCCAUGAUACUAUGCAACAAUUUAUUGAACAUGCAAAAAUUGCUGCUCGACAAAAUAAUCUCCGUCAUCAACUAUCUUCUAAAACACGAUCUGAUCGAAACCGCUUGAAUCCUCAAUAUUCUAUUGCUCAACAUAUAGUACAAGUACCUGUACAUGGUAUACGAUCCGUCACUUAA